AUGCUUUAUUAUAAUUUAAUAUUUAUUUACUGUAUUCUGCUCCAACUACAACUAUUAAUUAAUAGUUAUUAUGACACUGAUUGGUACUCUCAUAGGGAAAAAACUUUUGAUAGUAAUUAUAGAAAUGGGGUAAUUAAAAGCCCCGGAUUUCCCGAUAAAUAUAGUAAUUAUCUUGAUUCUAAAUGGAACAUUUACCCAGAAGAAAAUACCUUUAUUUAUGCUGAAUUGAAGUCAUUUGAAACAGAAGAAAAUUAUGACAUUUUGGAUGUUUAUCAGACAAAAUGGAAUGCUUCAGAGUUAAUGAAAACUAAACUGGCAAGCCUCAGCGGCGAAAAAAAUGUUAAUGUGCCCGUGGAGUAUCAUAAUUUUUCAUCCUCAAUUAAUGGUGGACUCUUUUUCAAGUUUGUCACAGACGGCGGUUCAACUCACCGUGGAUUUGAAAUUAGCUUUUCUCGAAGAUAUAAAAUUAAGUUUUUUGUUUAA